AUGUCUAUCAUUGAAGCCUUCUUGAGGCUACCAAACUCAUCCCGGUCGGCCACGGUAAAAUUUCAAAGCCCAGCUACAAAAGCAAGCCAGCAUCUCUCACUUAGAGGCUUUUCUGGCAAAAGGUCUCUGCGAGUCCAAGCAAGUCUCCCAAAACCCUCAUUUCUCUCGAUUUCUGCUCGAAAAUCGCCAUUUCUUUCUUCAGUUCCAACCAUUUCAUCGACUGAUGGUGAAAGGAGCUUCGGAAUUCUUGUUUCUCGGACGUGCAGAGGAUUACAGAGAUUGCUGGCAUUGUUCCCUCAUUUGACCCGAAGCCUAUCCAGGGAGUUGCUAACCGUGGUGCUUCCAUUCGAGUCAGUCGAGACACAGAGAAAGCUGGCAAAGGUGAGGUAUCUUCUCAGGGAGCCAAGUGUAUGGACUGAUGUGCUCCAAGAAGCUGAAAAGAACGUGCUCGAAUCGACAAAAGUUGUGAAUGGUAACCAACUUUUAGUGAGCUAUUUAAGUGAAUGCAAGUAUGUUCUGCAGAUAAGGGACUUGGAAACAGAAUAUCUUCAUUUCUGGAACCUCACCGCUAGACAUAGGUGCAACUUAGCAACUGAGGUUCCAGAAAUGAAGAUAUUCUAUGAGAUUGUUAUAUCUAGAUUUGAUCAGACAGAGUUCCAGGUUAAUCAGAUAUUCUCUUCUCCCAAUGAGCCGUAUAUGCUUUUUAAGGACACUUGCAAUAGUUCACAGAUUGUUGUACCUACUAUUGCUCCUGCAGUAGUUGGAGAUCAGAGGAUAUCUUUAGGUCCUGGAGCAGGUUGUGCCGGCCUUGCUACAUAGCUAGAACUAGGAUAUCGCCAAGCAUGUCUUGCAGCCAGCAGGCCAGGGCUACCUAUUGAGGUUGCAGGGCCUGCUAUGCACAAUUCGAAUGGAGAAUGCUAGUAGAGGCAAUGAUGACGUUGGCCUGGAAGCAGCAGAAGAUGGACAGGCAGUGUUAUCUCAGGGUCCGCCAAGCACGACGGCACCGGUGAUGACGGGCGCGACCAUGACUUUGUAUUAUUUGUGGAACCUAAUGUUGUGUAACAGUUUGAUUGAGUUAAACUUUAAAUAGACUGUUGUUAACUGUUUUGUUAGU